GUCUUCAAACUUCAAACCUCUCGUUAAGUUUUCGCUUCAGCAAACGCAGCGUUGCCGUCGAUUCCCUCUGCGUUUUGGAGCUUCGUGUUGUCGUUUAACAGAUCGGAGUUUUCCUCGCCAUGACCGAAACCGAAGCUUUGGAGGAUGCGAAGGAGGUGGUGGUGUUGGAGGAAGAAGAGUGCGCGGAGAAAAUGGUGUACAUGUGGGGAUACCUUCCCGGAGCCUCGCCGGAGAAGUCUCCGAUACUGUCUCCGGCGCCGGUGAAUCUCUCCGAUCGUUCACUCGCCGGAGAUUCGUGGAAGGACGUGUGCGGCGGUGGUUGCGGAUUCGCCAUGGCCAUCUCAGAGAAAGGGAAGCUCAUAACGUGGGGUUCUGCGGACGAUGAAGGGCAGAGCUACUUAAUAUCGGGGAAGCAUGGGGAGAUUCCAGGGCUUUAUCAGCUUCCCACUGAGGCUUCAGUGGUGAAGGCUGCUGCUGGUUGGGCUCACUGUGCUUCAGUUAAUGAAGAAGGUGAGGUAUAUGCCUGGGGCUGGAAAGAAUGUGUGCCUUCUGGGAAAGUUAUUACUGAUUUCAUCACUGUGGGAAGUUUCCAAAAGGAUGUUGCCGGGAAACAAAGUUCAUCAAUACCUGAACAAGGAAGCCCACAAAGCUCAAACACGAGCAGUGGAUCAGAUUCUCAUCAUGACAACAAGAAAGUGGGAGAUGAAGUAUUGAAGCGAAGGAAGAUCACUUUUUCUAGACAGGAUUCUGACAGCCAAGCAUCUGGAGAUGAAUUCUUUACUGUGUCCCCUUCUCUUGUGACCCUUGCCAGUGGAGUGAAGAUUACCUCUGUAGCAGUUGGAGGGCGGCAUACCUUGGCACUGUCAGAUGUGGGACAGGUCUGGGGUUGGGGCUAUGGAGGUGAAGGACAGCUAGGAUUGGGUUCUCGAGUAAAGAUGGUAUCAUCCCCUCAUCUUAUACCUUGUAUUGAGUCUUCUGGAAAGGAUAAAUCAUCAGCUUUUCAUCAAGGAAGUGGUGCUGGAGCUCAAGGGUCAAAUGUUACUGGAAGUUAUGUGAUGGACAUUGCUUGUGGGGGUCGGCAUAGUGUUGUGAUAACAGAUGCUGGGGCGCUUCUUACAUUCGGCUGGGGACUGUAUGGCCAGUGCGGACAAGGGAAUAAUGCUGAUCAGCUAAGACCAACUCUAGUUCCUUCUUUAUUGGGAACUAGAGUGGAAAAAAUUGCUGCUGGACUUUGGCAUACAUUGUGUGUUUCUGUAAAUGGUCAAAUUUAUGCAUUUGGUGGGAAUCAGUUUGGACAAUUGGGUACCGGUAGUGACCAGCCCGAGACUUCACCUAGACAGUUGGAUGCUUCCCGUUUUGAAAAUAAGCAUUCUAGUAUAGUUUCUUGUGGGGCCCGUCACAGUGCUUUGCUAACUGAUGAUGGUCACCUAUUCACUUGGGGGUGGAACAAAUAUGGUCAGCUUGGUUUGGGAGAUUCUGUGGACAGAAACAUUCCUGGUCAAGUUUCUAUUGCUGGUUGCCGGCCAAGAAAUGUUGCCUGUGGCUGGUGGCAUACACUGCUGAUGGGCGAUAAAACCGUUUGACUCCAUUUGUUCGAUGACUGUUUUGAUAGGUUACUGACCAAGGCCACAUUUCAUUAGUGGAAAAUAGAAUUGUCCAAAAUCACCAACACAGUUGGUCUGUUCACUCCAUCCUUCUUAUUUUCCCUAUCUCUGUAAGGUCUUCCGCUUUCCUAGCUUUCCAUUUCUAGAUUGUAGCUUGACACUAACACGGAGAUGCAAGGUUUUUUUGGUUUGCAUUAAUUUAUAGCGCCCUUUAUGUGGAUGAGACUGAUCUUUAUUCUUGGGAAGGUACAAGAUUAGUGGUCUUGUUUCAUGGUAUUAUUCGAUAUGACUGUGUAUUAACGAUAUGUAUUUUGUUCCAUUAUUAUGUUCAUGCAUGGCAUUGUGAUUUCAUA